AUGGCUGGCCUCAGCCCCAGCUGUUACUACCUCCUCUUUCUCUUCCUCUUGGGAAAUGCAGGGGCUGAGAGGUCUCCGAAGGCCUCCCCAGAACAGAUACAUUUGUCCUACCCAGGUGAGCCUGGCUGCAUGACAGUAACCUGGACCACUUGGGUACCAGCUGCCUCUGAGGUGCAGUUUGGGAUGCAGCUCGGGGGGACUUUACCCCUGCGGGCCCAGGGCACCUCCAGUCUCUUCGUGGAUGGGGGGAUCCUGAGACGGAAGCUGUACAUGCACCGAGUUACCCUUCGGGGGCUGCUGCCUGGGGCCCACUAUGCCUACCGCUGCGGCAGUGCCCAGGGCUGGAGCCGGAGGUUUCGUUUCCGGGCUCUCCAGCCUGGGCCCAACUGGAGCCCCCGCCUGGCGAUCUUUGGGGACAUGGGGGCUGAGAACCCGCAGGCUCUGCCCCGACUACGAAGGGAGACCCAGCAGGGGCUGUAUGAUGUGGUGCUGCACGUGGGAGACUUUGCCUACAACAUGGACCAGGACAACGCGAGGGUUGGGGACACGUUUAUGAGGCUGAUCGAGCCGGUGGCUGCCUCCGUGCCCUACAUGACGUGCCCUGGGAACCACGAGGAGCGCUACAACUUCUCCAACUACAGAGCGCGCUUCAGCAUGCCUGGGGACACCGAGGGGCUCUGGUACAGCUGGGACCUGGGGCCUGCCCACAUUAUCUCCUUCUCCACUGAAGUCUAUUUCUUCCUUCACUACGGGCGCCACCUGAUUCAGAAACAAUUCCGCUGGCUGGAGAGAGACCUGCAGAAAGCCAACGAGAACCGGGCAUCGAGACCGUGGAUCAUAACUAUGGGGCACCGCCCCAUGUACUGUUCCAACGCUGACCUGGAUGACUGCACACGGCAUGAGAGCAAAGUCAGAAAAGGCCUUUCCGGUGGUCGCUACGGCUUAGAGGAUCUCUUCUAUAAAUAUGGAGUUGACCUGCAGCUGUGGGCCCACGAGCACUCCUACGAGCGCCUCUGGCCCAUCUAUGAUUACCAGGUCUAUAAUGGAAGCCGAGAAAGCCCCUACACCAACCCCCGUGGACCCAUCCAUAUCAUCACUGGAUCUGCUGGCUGCGAGGAAAUGCUGACCCCUUUCACCCCUUUCCCGAGGCCUUGGAGUGCCGUCCGGGUGAAGGAAUAUGGCUUUACCCGCCUCCACAUUCUGAAUGGAACCCAUCUCCACCUGCAGCAGGUGUCUGAUGAUCAGGAUGGGAAGAUUGUGGAUGAUGUAUGGCUGGUCAGACCCAGGCAAGGUCGGAGGACCUACCUCUAG